AUGGCGACGAGCUCGCCCGGGCCUCGUGCCGCCCUGGGAAGCCAGGACGUGCCGCUAAUUCACCUGUCUCACCCACACGCAGGCGUGGGCUGCACACUCAGACACAGUCUCACCUGGCUGAAGCGCGACGCACACCGACAACAUUACACGCUCGUAUGCACACGGGCUCAGCUGAGCGGUGCAGGCGGGGAGGGGUGCGGGGGUUGCGAACCGGAGCCACGCGGGCUGGCCGCGCCCCCUGCGCGCGCCGCUUUGCCCGGGGAGCUCAUUCAAGUAGCGAGCGCGCCCCGUACCAGCCGCCACCCUCAGCCGGCGGCCGGCUCUUGCACAUUGCCUGACGUUGGCGUCGCACGCGCACGUCGCCGCGUGUCGUUGCCCGCGACAUAUGCACUCGGACGUAUCAAUUUGAUUCGCGACCGCGCAGCUGCGUUCAAUGACCCCUAG